AACUCGAUGCAAUAGCAAUCAAAAGUCACAGUUGACACUUUCAGCUUUACCAAGCAACAUCAAGUCACUUUUUAAAUCAUAUUCAAUAAGUUUGGAAAACUCAGCUCGACUUAACUCCAUUCCAUCAUGAAAUCCAUUAUCUUCGGUUUGGCUGUUUUCGUCUUGUUUGCAAUGGUAUAUCCAAGUGAAUCCACUUAUGGUUGGGGCUAUGGAGGUUAUGGUGGUUACGGAGGUUACGGAGGCUACGGUAUGUACAAAUAUUGGCCUUCUUAUUACAGUGGUUGGAACCACGGUUGGGGACAUGGCUGGGGAAAUGGUUGGGGCCAUGGAUAUCAUCGAUACAAGUAUGGCCACUACUACCCUUACUCAUCCUGGAAAUACUAUGAUUGGGAUGGUCUUUGGGAUGGAUAUUAUUACAAAAAAUGAAGUAAAUAAAUUGCUCUACCAGAUGUAAGAUUAAUCUACAUACACUGAUUUAUAUUUUUGAUACCUUUACAAAUAAAAUGUUGAUAUUAUGAUAAA